GCACACCGUGUAGGCCUAUGUGUUCGCUGGGCUAGGUUCAGUCACGCCCCCCGCUGUGUUCUGGUUCUUCCCUACGGGGCUUUCCCGCUGCCUGAGCUGCUCUAUACCGACACAAACAUGGCGUCACUUCCGGGAUUUUUGCGUCUUCUUUUCUCGGACUUCGGUGUACCACGACCACAGAGUGUGAAGGAGGCUUUGAGGCAAUGAGGAGAACUUAUCUCUGGAGGUUAGUGAAGUUACUCACGGUUACAGCCGGGCUCGUCCUGUCUGCUCACAUCUUACUGAGUCGAGUGACGCUCAGUAAACAUCCGCGAAAGCCAAGUCCCCUUCCUGCGGAGGAAUACCGGCUCAUAUCCCCUGAAACGUACGAGUAUGUUCUCAACCGGCCUGCUGUGUGCGGGGACAGAACCAGAGCCCCCUUCCUGGUCUUUAUGGUCCCAGUAGCCCCUUUGGAGGCCGCGGCAAGGGAGGCCGUCAGGAAGACUUGGGGUGCCCCGGGUCGGGACACCCUCACUCUGUUCUACGUGGGGCUCCCCGAGGGGGGGCGGGGCUCGAGCGCCCAGGUCGAGCUAGAAGAGGAGAGCAGGACACACGCGGACAUCGUACAGGUGAACUUCCAGGACAGUUACCAGAACCUGACAAUCAAGACCAUGAUGAUGAUGAGCUGGCUGGCGACCCACUGCCCGAACGCCUCCUAUGCCAUGAAGGUGGACGCGGACGUCUUCGUGAACGUAUUCUACCUCCUCAGGAGACUGAGGCGCUCCCCCGCGCGGGGCUUCAUCACGGGGUCGGUGAUCAGCGACGGCAGACCGAGGAGGGACAGCAGCAGCAAGUGGCACCUUUCGGAGGAGCUGUACCCGGAGGACAGCUUCCCCCCGUACGUGUCCGGUGCCGGGUACGUCUUUUCCGCCGACCUGGCCCCCAGGAUCUCCUGGGCGUCCAGGUUCACGAGGUUGAUUCCCCUGGAAGACGUCUACGUGGGGCUGUGCCUGCGGGUGCUGGCCGUCCGGCCGGUGUACUCCCUCAGCCUGCCGACCUUCAGGAACCUGUUCGAAGUUCGACAGCUCGAGUACGACAGGUGCGCUUUCGCCCAGCUGGUCCUCGCGAACGGGUUUAAGUCGUCCCAGCUGCUGCACAUGUGGCAGGACUUCUCCAAAGGCUACAGCAGCUGCUGACUGCAACUUCAACACACGAGUGCCUCACAGUUAAGACGAGCAAUUAGGAAACAAUUAUUCUGCUGGAAAGGAAAGAAAGCCAUGAGACGCCAUGUGUAUUUGGCUUAUUAUACCAAUACUAUUAAUCAUCAGGGAGUUUAACAAAUCUUUACAGAGGUGUAAACUAAUGUUUACACCAAAGACUACUUAAAAAUAACAUCCAUAUUGCUGCAAUUGCUCUUAUACCUUAAACGUCAUGAAGCCUUCAAAACAUGAUGUUAAAUGCAUCACACUGCUCCUAUAUCUACUAUAUGAUACAGAGAGCUUCACAGAAUGUAGCCUUUAUAAUAUAACCUGCAGCCUAUUGGUCAGGUUACUGCUGUGCCUCUUUGUUUACUGUGUCUUAUGACUAUGUGCCUAUUUAUGUUGUAGUUGCACGUGACGACCAGCUGGUGGCAGCAUGUGCCAGCAGAUGAUGGAGAUGGACGUUUACUUAGUCCCUAAUGCAGAUACACUAUAUGACCUAAAGGUCAUAUACAGGGAUAAUUGGGAAGAACAUCAUUUAAUUUGCUCCCAGACGAGCAUUCAACUAUGCAUUUUGUUUCUUUUUCUCUUUUAAGUUCCAACAGUUUGAUCACUGGAUAUUGAAGCUACAUUAUUUUUGCUGCAUAUUAAUGAGAACAUAUGUACUUGUUUGUCAGCGAGUCAGUGCAUUCAUAUUUGUCAGUGUAAUUCAGUGUAUGUGAAUCAGUUUUCUUAUUGCUGCUAUUGUUGUGUUAUUUUUGUUAUUAUUAUUGCUGCUGCUUUUGGUAUCACUUUUAGUUUUGCCGUGCUGGAAUAAAUGCCGUUUCCUUCCAGAAAAAAUAAAGGUAUUGGGUAAAUAUUGAAA